AUGUCUACGGCGAACUUUCUAGACCAGGACUUCCCGGACGAAGAAGAUGAUGACUUCAACCCACAGCCAGAAAUCGCCUCUGAUGACGAGGGUGACGAGAAGGCGGUAGCGAACGGUGGCGAUAGAAAUGGCUCGGCACAGCAGUCACGAUCGCGAUCACGGGUGCCUGAUGGCGAUGACGAUGACGUGAAAGAUGAGGUCGAAGCUGCAGUCGCAAACGAUGAGGCUGAGGAGGAUGCGGACGGUGAAGCCGAAGCGCCGGCAGGGGCGGACGAGGAAGGCGAGGAUGACGAGGAUGACGAGGACGAAGAGGAUGAGGACGAAGAGGAUGAGGGACUUCCUUCACGAAAGCGCAGGAGAAAGCAGGCACGACGAAAUCAGUUCAUCGAUGUCGAGGCCGAGGUGGAUGAGGAGGAGGAUGAAGAGCCAGAAGAGGACGACGACAUGCCAGGCGAAGAAGUGCAUCCAGACGAUCUGCAAGAGCUACCACCCGGUGCGGAUAGGGACGACCGGAAACAUCGCGAGCUUGAUCGUCAGCGGGAUGCACGACAACAAAUGGAUCUGGAGGAGGAGGCUGCUCGGCUGAAGGAGCGCUAUGGUAGACAGAAUCGUGCAGCGGGCGCGGGCAGUGCUAUCGUACCGCAGCGCUUACUCUUGCCUACUCAAGACGACCCACGGAUCUGGCGCAUGCGAUGCAAGCCUGGCAAGGAGAAGGAGGUCAUCUUAGGUCUACAGCUGCGCACGGCUGAGCGAGCCAACUCCCGUGAGCCAAUUCGGGUUCUGUCUGCAUUCGAGAGGUCGAAAGGCGCCAGCGAUCCCAUGGCUGGCAUGCUCUACAUAGAGGCACGGCGCGUGGAUGAUGUCGUGGCUGCUAUGGAGGGCAUCACCAACAUGUUCAUGAGUUUCAAGCCUUUUAUGGUACCAGUUGAGGAGAUGCCGGAUCUGCUCAAGGUGACGAAGGACAAACAGCUGGAGCCUGGCAUGUAUGUUCGCAUCAAGCGUGGACUAUAUCAAGGUGACUUGGGUCAAGUUGACGAGGUAGAAGCGAACGGUGCCGCAGUGGUGGUACGGCUUGUCCCUCGUCUCGACUAUGGCUUGCACGAGGAUGUCAACGCCCCUACGACCGUGGAAACGCUUCCGAACGGCCAAAAGCGCAAGCGAGUGAUGAAAGUGCAAGGUCCACGACCACCACCACGACUGUUCAAUGAGAGCGAGGCGAAGAAGAAGCACGGGAGGUAUCUCAGCAAGCAGGGAGGACUGGGUAACAGCUCGUGGCUCUAUCAGAACAAGGAAUAUGUGGAUGGCUACCUCCUGGAGAACUUCCGGAGCAACGCCCUGCAGACUGAAGACGUCAAUCCCACUCUCGAAGAAGUGUCACGCUUCGCAUCUACUGGUGAAGACGGCGGCGACAACCUUGAUCUCAGGCAGCUGGCAGCUACACUGAAAACGGCAUCUGGUAAUGAAUUCCUUCCAGGUGACAAGGUCGAGAUAUUCCGUGGUGAGCAGAAAGGUGUCAGCGGUAUAUCAGUACAAGUCUACGCUGAAGUAGUCAAGAUCAAGGUCGACCCUGGAAAUGGCUCGCUUUCUGGGGCUGUGAUCGAAGCACCCGUGAAAGAGCUUCGCAAGCUAUUCCGAGACGGCGAUCAUGUCAAAGUCAUCGGCGGCACGAGUUAUAGGGAGGAAGUGGGUAUGGUUGUGCGAACAAAGGGUGAUAGUGUCACGCUUCUCACGGACGCCGAGCAGAAGGAGAUCACAGUAUUCAGCAAGGACUUGCGAGAAGCUACCGACUCUGGUGGCGCGGCAGUGGACAGCAAGUACGACCUCUUCGACCUUGUGCAAUUGGACGCUGCAACUGUCGGUAUCGUGGUGCGUGUUGACCGCGAGAGCCUGCGGGUGCUCGAUCAGAGCGGCUCUGCACGGACACUACUCCCUAGCAAUAUCUCGAACAAGAUCGAGAAGCGUCGUAACGCCGUGGCCACCGACCGUGACGGCAACGAAAUGAAGCACGAUGACAUGGUCAAGGAGUUCUCGGGUGAGCAGAAGACUGGUCGCGUACUCCACCUCUACCGCAACUUCCUCUUCGCCCAAAAUCGUGAGCGAGUGGAAAACACCGGCGUCUGGGUCGGCAGACAUUCCAAUGUCCUUGUCAUUGCUGCUAAGGGCGGCAAGACACAAGGCUCUGGUCCAGAUCUGACAAAGAUGAACCCAGCACUGAAGCAGAAUGGCGGUGCUGCGCCCAUGCCACCCCCACAAUUCAGAGGCCGCGAUCGUUUGAUUGGCAAGACUGUCAAGAUCCGCACGGGUCCGAAUAAAGGUAUGCUCGGCAUUGUCAAGGAUGCCACAGCGGAAGAAGCAAAGGUCGAGCUACAUGCGAAGAAUAAGAUUAUACCCGUUAAGAAGGAUAUGCUUGCUCUCGUCGAUCCGGACACCGGUAAGGUCGUGGAAGGUGGCCUUCACGCACUUGGUAUGGGGCGUCUGCCGCCUGCAGGUGGUGCUGGUGGCAUGCCUGGACGUACUCCUGCCUAUGCACAAGGUGGACGGACACCAGCGUAUGCUAUGGCUAGUGGUGGGCGCACGCCGGCUUAUGCUGCUGCUGGCGUUGGGAGUGGGAGGACUCCAACAUGGAAGCAGGAUGCGGGCGGGCGGACACCGGCAUAUGCGGGUGGACAGACGGCUUAUGGUGGUGGUGGGUAUGGUGGUGGGACUGCGUACGGCGGGCAGACGAGCUAUGGUGGCGCUACGAGUUAUGGUGGGGCUAGUGCUUGGGGUGGCGGAGGGGGCCAAUCGACCUGGAAUGCCAACAGCGGUGGCCGCACACCUGCUCCUGCUGGCUCGAAAACUCCCGCAUAUGCUGGCGGGCUCGAGGCACCUACGCCUGGCUUUUCAGCGCCAACCCCAGGCGGGUAUCAAGAUCAGCCGACGCCUGGAGGCUUCAGAGACACGUACAAGACCCCUGGCUCGUAUCAGACUCCUGGCGGCUUUCCUGAGACUCCCGGCCCUUACAGUGCAGAGACACCUGGAGCGAAUGACGAUGGGCCGCGGUAUGAUUGA